UAGCAAAGACAGCUCAAGCCUACUUGGGCAGGAUUCCCCUGGCUCUUCCGGCUUAAGACCCUACCAUCUCCUAUCCCUGGCCGCCUGUGUUCUGGGCCUCACCUAGACAAGUCUGUGUGGGAACAAGCCACCUCUUCCAUCUGUAGCCAUGAAUUUCCUCCGGCGGCGCCUCUCUGACAGCAGCUUCGUGGCCAACCUGCCUAAUGGCUACAUGACAGACCUGCAGCGCCCAGACAGCUCUACCAGCUCCCCUGCAUCCCCAGCCAUGGAGAGGAGGCACCCCCAGCCCCUGGCAGCCUCCUUCUCCUCUCCAGGAUCCAGCCUCUUCAGCUCCUUCUCCAGUGCCAUGAAGCAGACCUCAGCAGCCCCCUCAGGGCUGAUGGAGCCUCCGGGUCCCUCUGCUCCUGUUGUUCAAAGGCCCAGGAUCCUAUUGGUGAUUGAUGAUGCCCACACAGAUUGGGCCAAAUACUUUCAUGGAAAGAAGGUGAAUGGAGAGAUUGAAAUCCGAGUGGAGCAGGCUGAAUUCUCAGAGUUGAACCUAGCUGCCUAUGUUACUGGGGGCUGUAUGGUGGACAUGCAAGUCCUGAGAAAUGGGACCAAGGUUGUGAGAUCCUUCAAGCCAGACUUCAUCCUGGUCCGCCAGCAUGCCUACAGCAUGGCGCUGGGCGAAGACUACCGAAGCUUGGUCAUCGGCCUCCAGUACGGAGGGCUGCCUGCUGUCAACUCCCUCUACUCCGUCUACAACUUCUGCAGCAAGCCCUGGGUGUUCUCUCAACUCAUUAAGAUCUUCCAUUCUCUGGGUCCUGAGAAGUUCCCACUUGUGGAGCAAACGUUUUUCCCCAACCACAAGCCAAUGCUCACAGCCCCACACUUCCCCGUGGUGGUCAAGCUGGGACACGCCCACGCCGGAAUGGGAAAGAUCAAAGUAGAAAACCAGCAUGACUACCAGGACAUCACCAGCAUGGUGGCAAUGGCCAAAACCUAUGCCACCACUGAGGCCUUCAUUGACUCGAAGUACGACAUCCGCAUCCAGAAAAUUGGAUCCAACUACAAGGCUUACAUGAGAACCUCCAUCUCUGGAAACUGGAAGGCCAACACAGGUUCUGCCAUGCUGGAGCAGGUGGCCAUGACAGAGAGGUACAGGCUGUGGGUGGACAGCUGCUCAGAAAUGUUUGGCGGCCUGGACAUCUGUGCUGUCAAGGCCGUCCACAGCAAGGACGGCAGAGAUUACAUCAUUGAGGUGAUGGACAGCUCAAUGCCCUUGAUUGGAGAGCACGUGGAAGAGGACAAACAGCUGAUGGCCGACCUCGUGGUCUCCAAAAUGAGCCAACUCCUGAUACCAGGGGGCACAGUGCCCUCGCCCCUGAGGCCUUGGGCUCCACAGAUGAAACCAGCAAAAUCGCCGGGGCCAGCCCAGCUGGGACCUCCACUUGGACAGCCCCAGCCACGCCCACCCACACAAGGGGGCCCUCGCCAAACUCAGUCUCCUCAGCCCCCGCGAACCGGGAGCCCCUCCCAACAGAGGCUCUCCCCGCAAGGCCAGCAGCCCCUCAGCUCCCCGUCGGGGUCUCCACAGCAGCAGAGAUCGCCAGGCUCACCACAGCUGUCCCGGGCAUCCAGCGGGAGUUCUCCAAACCAGGCCGCCAAGCCAGGCGCUCCCCUCGCCUCACAGCCCCGGCCCCCUGUUCAGGGCCGCAGUGCCUCCCAACAGGGGGAAGACUCCAAGAAGCCAGCACCACCCCACCCUCAUCUCAACAAAUCCCAGUCCCUGACUACCAGCCUCAGUACAUCUGACACCUCUCAGCGCGGGACCCCAAGUGAAGACGAGGCCAAGGCCGAAACCAUCCGCAACCUGAGGAAGUCCUUUGCCAGCCUGUUCUCUGACUAACCUUGUCCGGGCUGGGACAGGGGAGUGCUGUUACACUCUCCCUUUUCCUGCCUCUCUUCCUUCUCGGCCUUGGUUCCCGAUGGGAACAGAAUGGAGGGCCUGAGAAUAUACUCUCUAAAUGCCUUUGA